AUUAAACAACAAUAUUUUAAUAAACAAACAAACAAAUAUACAAUCGUGUAUCCAUUACCAUCAUUAUCAUUACUUUUAGUUUCUGAAUAAUGUUAAUAGAUUGCAUUCCAUCGAAACGCGCCUCUUCUACAGCGCUGUCCAGUUGCGCCCGCGUCGCCCGUCAGUCGAUCGGCAACAUCGGCAGUCUACUAGCGCGCAAGAUGGCGGCCGGCGUCAACGCGAUCCCGCAAUCGUGGCCGAACACCAAGGAGGACUACGAACUCAGAGAAGUCAUCGGUGUCGGUGCAACUGCAGUCGUUCAUGCUGCGCUUUGUAAACCAAGAAACGAAAAAUGUGCCAUCAAACGAAUCAAUUUGGAAAAAUGGAACACGAGUAUGGAUGAACUAUUAAAAGAAAUACAGGCGAUGAGUUCCUGCAACCACGAGAAUGUGGUAACAUAUCACACGAGUUUUGUUGUCCGAGAAGAAUUAUGGCUGGUCUUGAGACUUCUCGAAGGUGGCAGCUUACUCGAUAUUAUAAAACAUAAGGCUAGAGUCUCAAAUUGUAAACAUGGUGUAUUUGAUGAGGCCACGAUAGCAACCGUAUUGAAAGAGGUACUAAAAGGCUUAGAAUAUUUCCACAGUAACGGACAAAUUCAUAGAGAUAUAAAAGCUGGUAAUAUUUUACUCGGCGAAGAUGGAACUGUACAAAUUGCUGAUUUUGGUGUCAGCGCUUGGCUGGCCACUGGAAGGGAUUUAUCGAGGCAAAAGGUUAGGCAUACAUUUGUAGGAACACCUUGCUGGAUGGCACCCGAAGUGAUGGAACAAGAUCACGGAUACGAUUUCAAGGCAGAUAUUUGGUCAUUCGGUAUAACGGCCAUCGAAAUGGCAACAGGGACAGCACCAUAUCACAAAUAUCCACCGAUGAAAGUUUUAAUGUUGACCCUGCAAAACGAUCCACCCACGUUAGACACAGGUGCCGAUGAAAAAGAUCAAUACAAGGCUUAUGGCAAAACGUUUAGGAAAAUGAUAGUCGAUUGUUUGCAAAAGGAACCCUCGAAAAGACCUUCAGCGAGCGAGUUGCUUAAACAUCCGUUCUUCAAAAAAGCCAAAGAUAGAAAGUACCUCACACAAACAUUGGUGGCGACAGGUCCAUCGAUGGAAACUAGGGUACACAAAGCUGCUCGAAGACAACCUGGUGCCAGUGGCAGACUUCAUCGGACAGUCACUGGUGAAUGGGUUUGGUCUUCCGAGGAAGAAGAUAAUGAUGGUGAUUCUGAUGCCGAAGACACUCGUCCCAUGAAUCAGUUGGAAAGUGCGGAAUCUUCGGCUAGUGAAGAGGACACAAUUAAUACUGAAUCUGUAAACACACAAGGUGAUUCAGACAACGACGCACCUCCUGUAAAUUUAGUUCUACGUAUUAGGAAUGCCAAACGGGAAUUAAAUGAUAUAAGAUUCGAUUAUGCGGUCGGAAAGGAUUCUGCUGAUGGAAUUGCUGCAGAACUGGUCGGUGCAGGUUUAGUCGAUGGCAAAGAUAUCGUAGUAAUGGCUGCAAAUCUGCAGAAAUUAAUCGAACAAAGGGAUAAAAUGAAGACAGUCACCUUCCAAUUGAAUUCAGAACUUAGCAGCGGUGAAGUGGCAGACGACAAGGCACUAAUCGGCUUCGCCCAAAUUUCCAUUACGGACUGAAUUAGUUUACAUUGUUAAAUAAAAUAAAUAAUAAUAAUAAUCGCUCUAGCAUAUA